AUGAUGUGGUUCUUGAGCUGGUACAUGCAGAUCAAACCGGCUUCAUGCCAGUUGGCUGAUGGGGGGAUGGAUGGUGCGAUUGUGGCGUCCCUGGAUGCGGCACGUGCUUUUGACUCUGUAGAGUGGCUGUACCUAUGGGAGGUUUUGGCGCGGUUCGGGAUUGGCCCCAAGUUUCUAGCAUGGAUUAAAUUGUUGUAUUCCUGUCCUGCAGCUAGGAUUAAGGUUAAUGGGUUCAUCACGGACUCUUUCUUGCUGGAGAGAGGAACCAGGCAGGGGUGCCCGUUGUCCCCUCUGUUAUUUGCGCUUGCCGUAGAGCCCCUGGCGUGUGCUGUUCGAGCAACCCCUGCAAAAGGAUUUCAGGUGGCCAGGCAGGUGGAAAAAAUCGGCCUUUAUGCGGACGAUAUGAUUUUAUAUUUACCAGAUACGUCGGGCUCCCUGCCUGCCCUUCUUGCCCUCGUGGAAUACUUUGGCUUCUACUCUGGUGUGCACAUUGACUGGGAUAAGUCCGUGGUGUUCCCUUUGCUUUCUUCUACUAUACAACCCCCGGACUAUGAUCUCCCUCUGCGGUGGUGUACACAGUUUAAAUAUCUGGGUAUUCAGGUGUCUCAUUCCUCUGUUGACUUUGUCAAUUUAAAUCUGUCCCCCCUGAUUCUUAAUCUACGUGCCAAGAUUGGCAUAUGGCAGAAGCUUCCCUUAUCAGUGACGGGCCGUCCGGACCAGAAUUACGUGGUGUGGGGCAUCCCCUUCUCUACACGCAAGAAGGAUCUGCCUCUGCCUAGGAAAAGCAGCGGUUGCAGAAGCAGCAACAGGAAGAGCUUGAUCCUCACAAGCAGUAGUUCUCCCACCCUUCCCCGGCCGCACUCACCUCUUCCGGGGCACCUAGGGGGAAGCCCUAUGGAUAGUCCUCGGAAUUUUUCUCCUAGUGCCGCUGCUCAUUUCUCAUUUGCAUCAUCACGCAGCAGGACAGAUGGCCGCCGCUGGUCUCUUGCCUCCCUUCCAUCAUCCGGAUAUGGGACAAAUACCCCAAGCUCCACUGUGUCGUCCUCCUCGUCUUCUCAGGAACGUCUGCACCAGCUCCCCUUCCAGCCCACCUUGGACGAGCUUCACUUCCUCUCCAAGCACUUUGGCAGCACGGAGAGCAUCCCUGAUGAUGAUGGUCGAAGAUCACCGGCGGUUAGACCACGCUCUCGAAGUUUAAGCCCCGGGCGAUCUCCCUCGUCUUAUGACAAUGAAAUAGUUAUGAUGAACCAUGUCUAUAAAGAGAGAUUCCCAAAGGCCACAGCACAGAUGGAGGACAGGCUCCGGUUGUUCAUCUCCAACUUCUCUCCAGAAAAUGUCUUGCCUCUAGCCGAUGGCGUCCUGAACUUCAUCCACCACCAGAUUGUGGAGCUAGCCAGAGACUGCCUGACGCGGAGCACCGAGGGCAUGAUCACCAGCACCUACUUUUAUCAACUUCAGGAUAACCUGGACAAGCUACUGUUAGAUGCAGUGGAACGGUCGGAUGGGUCGGAGGUGGCCUUCAUCGCCCAGCUGAUGAAAAACCUGCUCAUUAUCAUCUCCCGGCCGGCCCGUUUGCUGGAGUGCUUGGAAUUUAACCCUGAAGAGUUCUAUCACUUGUUGGAGGUGGCUGAGGACCAGGUGAAGGAAGGGAACCUGAAGACGGAUAUACCUCAGUAUAUCCUGAGACAGCUGGGGCUUACCAGAGACCCUUUCCCAGAGGUGGCAGCUGCUGAGGAGCCAAUCCCUGUGGAGACACACACACCAGAGAGUGAUGACACUGGAGAGAGUAAAGGAGGAGCUGCCUCUAAGCCCAUAAGACCCCCUGAGGAAAGUGACUUUGAGAACAUUAAGCUGAUCAGCAAUGGCGCCUAUGGAGCAGUGUACCUGGUGCGCCACCGUGAAACCCGCCAGCGCUUUGCCAUGAAGAAGAUCAACAAACAGAACUUGCUGCUGAGAAACCAGGUCCACCAGGCCUUCAUAGAGCGGGACAUCCUGACUUUUGCACAGAAUCCAUUUGUGGUCAGCAUGUUCUGCUCCUUCCAGACGCGCAGACACCUGUGCAUGGUGAUGGAGUACGUGGAAGGGGGAGACUGUGCCACUCUUCUAAAGCACAUUGGUGCUCUCCCCCUGGAGAUGGCACGGUUAUAUUUUGCUGAGACGGUCCUAGCUCUGGAGUACCUGCAUAACUAUGGGAUUGUGCACCGUGACCUGAAACCGGACAAUCUACUAAUUACUUCAAUGGGUCACGUCAAGCUGACUGAUUUUGGCCUGUCCAAAAUGGGGCUUAUGAAUCUUACCACUAAUUUAUACGAAGGGCACAUCGAAAGUGAGGCCAGAGAGUUCCUGGAUAAACAGGUGUGUGGAACCCCCGAGUAUAUCGCUCCAGAGGUCAUCCUGCGGCAGGGGUACGGAAAGCCGGUGGACUGGUGGGCAAUGGGCAUUAUCUUGUACGAGUUCCUGGUGGGCUGUGUCCCAUUCUUUGGGGACACCCCGGAAGAGCUGUUUGGUCAGGUGAUCAGUGAUGACAUUGUCUGGCCUGAGGGUGAGGAAGCACUACCAGCAGAUGCCCAGUAUCUCAUCUCCAGCCUCCUGCAGACAGACCCCUUACUCCGACUGGGGACAGGGGGCGCUAUUGAGGUGAAAGCUCACAAUUUUUUCACAGAUUUGGACUGGAAUGGGUUACUUAGACAGAAGGCGGAAUUCAUCCCACAUCUGGAGGCUGAGGAUGAUACCAGCUACUUUGACACUCGGUCGGAUCGCUAUCAGCAUAUUAACUCCUAUGAGGAGGAUGACACAAAUGAUGAGGACUCUGUGGAAAUUAGGCAGUUUUCUUCCUGUACCCAAAGGUUUAGUAAAGUCUACAGCAGCAUGGAACAACUGUCCCAGCUGGAGCAGAAGCCCCUCGCCCCUUCCCUAGACACCAACAAACAAGACAGAGCGGAGAGAACAAGCAAGAGAGAGACCCUUAGUGGGGUCACCCUGAGAGACCGCUGCUGGAGGACCGUGUCUCCUGAAAUGAAGCAUUUCUCUGACCAGGUGGAUGCAGACUCCAGCCCGCCGCUAGCUGCAAGGCGCCGUUUCUCUGCGCUGGUGGAUACCGCUCGUUUUGUUGCCCCACUAGAAGGUGAAUUGGAAGGCAGGGUGAGAAGCAGCAGUGGGUCCCAUUACGGCCAAAGCAAAAUCCCCUUGGGGGAGCUAGAACCAGUGGAGAAGUCUUCAGAGUCUCAGCUGCCGCAGGACACAGACUCCGCCCCCCGCGCCACCAAUGACCUUGUGUUGCGCAGAGCACGUCACCAGCACCUCUCUGGAGACAGCGACCGGCGGAGGACCGGAGGAAAGGUCAUCAAGUCAGCCUCCACCACUGCGCUCUCUGUCAUGAUUCCUACAGUUGAACAGCACAGUAGCUCACCUCUGGUCAGUCCAAUGUCUCCUCGCUCUCUCUCUUCCAACCCCUCCUCCCGCGACUCUUCGCCCAGCCGCGAUUACACCCCGGCAGUCAGCAGCCUCCGCUCCCCCAUCUCCAUCCAACGAUCAGGGAAGAAGUAUGGGUUCACCUUGAGAGCCAUUCGGGUGUACAUGGGGGAGAGUGAUGUCUACAGCGUGCAGCACAUUGUUUGGCAUGUGGAGGACGGGGGUCCCGCACAUGAGGCAGGGCUGUGUGCCGGAGACCUCAUUACUCAUGUAAAUGGGGAACCUGUGCAUGGCCUGGUACACACCGAGGUGGUUGAGCUGAUUCUGAAGAGUGGCAACAAGGUUCUAGUGACCACAACACCUUUUGAGAACACAUCAAUCAGAACCGGACCUGCCAGGAGAAGCAGCUACAGGUCUAGGAUGGCCAGAAGAAGCAAGAGGAGCAUGGGAAGAGAAGGGCAGGAGAGUAAGAAGCGCAAUUCUCUCUUCCGUAAGAUCACCAAGCAGUCCAAUCUCCUGCACACCAGCCGGUCGCUCUCCUCUCUCAGCCGCUCUCUCUCCUCUAGCGACAGUCUGCCUGGAUCGCCCACUCACAGCCUCUCUGCCCGCUCUCCAACCCACAGCUAUCGCUCCAUGGAUUCUGCCUAUCUAGGUGCCUCUUCACAAGGCAGUUCCCCCUCCUCCAGCACUCCUAAUUCCCCUGCCCCCCCUCCUCCAUCUUCCUCCACAUCUUGUGCUUCCACAUCUUCCUCCUCUUCCUCUCAAGCACCACCCUCCCCCCACAUUCGUCCCAGCACACUUCAUGGCCUAUCCCCCAAACUGCACCGCCAGUACCGCUCUGCUCGUUGUAAGUCUGCGGGUAACAUGCCACUCUCUCCCCUAGCUCACACUCCAUCCCCCACUGCAGCCGCCUCUCCUCCUCUGAUUCCUGGCCAUAGCGUAGGGAGCAGCCUGACCACACAGAGCUUCCCUCCUAAGCUUCAUCCUUCCCCUCCUGUUUCCCGUCCUCGUCCGAAGAGCGCAGAACCUCCACGCUCCCCUCUACUGAAGAGGGUACAGUCCGCAGAAAAGUUGGGUGGAGGUGGAAGUGGGGGAGCACCCAGAAAACAGGAGCCAGGAGGUGGCGGUGGAGCUCUAGAUGGAGAGGUGGGAGACACGCUGGGAAGUAGAACCCAAGCAGUCAGGAGAGUUGGUAGACAGGAAUCCCCUCGGAGUUUGUGUGGAGGAGAUCUUCUAGCGGAUAGUUUAGAGAGACUGGAGAGUGACAUGGCAGCGGGCGUAUCACAGCAGUCAGAGCUACACAAAAGUGCCGAGGGAAAAGUCCAAGUGGUAGUCAAAAUAGGUACAGUAGUGCGAAGUCCUGCCACAUUUACAUCCCAGGAUCCUCCAUCUACUUCAACCACUGCUCUCCCAACACAAGUGGAACCUUCCCAUGCUAUGGUGGGUAGGUGCCAGGUGAAGACGCUCAGUCCUGUACAGGAACACGAAGGAAGAAGAGGCGAAGGGGAAGAAGGUGUGGGCGAGGGUGAAGGCAAAAAAGAAGGAAAGGGAGAGGAGGACGAAGAAGAGAAUGGGACCAUGAGAGAGCGCUGGUAUUUAGAAGUAGUCGAAGAGUUGACUACAGUGGGUAAAAGCUCACCCCAUGGGACUAUUAAAAGUGCCCCUUCUCACCUCACAGACUCCCACCACUCUCAAGUAUGUUCACAGUCUAUUAGGCAUCGGGGUGUAGAGGCUGACCACAUGAAGGGUACAGCCACUGGCCUCCAACAUCUACAGUCAGAGGCUGCUUCUAUGAGGACAACCGCCUCUAAAACUCCCAAGAGUUCUUAUCAGCAAGCUGAUGUGAAGCAAACACACGCCGACACUACAAAAUGUGACCCGUCCUACAGUAUUAAGGAUGAAAAGGCCAUCACUGAUAUCCAGAAAUGUCCUUCUCUUUCCCGACCCAACGCCAAGCACCCCGAGACCUUCCAAUCUGCUUCUUCUCAUCCGAUUAGAUUAAGUGAUGAUAUGAAGGAUUCUACCUCUAGCUCAAAUGGUGUAAAGCCAGAACAGGCACAGGCCACUAAUUUACCUCUCAGUAGGAGCAGUGACAUGAAAGCUGAGCCCACAAAGUCCUCUGUUUCCUCCGUCCUCACCGCAGAAAAUGUGAAAGGAAAUGUUGUUCCCGCUGACAAUUCUCAAGUACUGCUACCUGGUCUACCGGCGGUUCCUCCGAUCAAUACACAUGUAAAGAAAGCUGAAAGUGAACCAAUAAAAGUGACUACCCCUGUGGCAAAUUUGAUCACAAUUUCUGGGGCAGAAAUGGAUAAGACUAAGGCCACCAAUAAUAAUAAAGUGAGUAAAGCAGAAGGAGACAAAGUGAUGGUGACUCAGGCCACCAAACCUAGCGUAACUGGAGCUGAAAGAAGCCACACAGCUAUAAGUAAUACCACAACAGUCAUAGGCAAGCAAAACGGCCCCGAGAGUGACAAGACAAAGGUGUUGACCCCCACACCCGUGACCAAUAGUAGAGUAGUUUGCACAGAUGCUGGACAGGCAAAGGCCCCCAGUACCUUCCCCAUUAUCGAUAGGCUUUUUGGAACAGAAAAUGAGAAGCAGAGGUUGACCACCGGUGCACCAAAUGCCCACAGAGCCAGUGAAGAAAUACGUAAUGAGGUAAAGGUGACCACCGGUCCGCCAGACAGUAUCAGAAGAGUACAGGGCGAUCGGUCUACAAUAAGCACCAUCUCUCCAAGUUGUGAUAAAGAACAUACGGUUAACGGAAACCAGGUAAAAGUCCCUUUUUUUCCAUCAUUUAAUAAACCCAUAACUGGGGCAGAUGGCGACCGGACAAGUUUGGGCAAAACUGUUCCUAGAAGCGAUGACGUUGACAGCAAUAAAGUGUUCGCAAUUCCCCCGACCGCCGCUAAGGUCACAGACACAGAAAAGCCUAAGGAGUCGCCUGUGUCUGUUAGGGUCAGCGGGAUCCAGAGUGACGCCCAGGGCUGUGCGCCUGUGAAAUCGCCUAGUCCUCAGACAGUCACCGCAGUCGCCCCUAGGCACCCCUCCUAAGGAAAGAGACUUCUUGUCUACGUCAGGACGAGCGAGAGAAUUACAAUGUUGAUGAUGUUAUGGUUUUAACCCUCUAAAGUCAGAUGGGGCAAAAAAAUAGGGGCUAGUUGUAGUAGUUGCCCCCACCCCCCACCCCCACAAUGGAUUCUCGAAAUGAGCCUUAUUGCCCCCUGCAGUCUCUUAAAAGAAGUAGGGCUGCGCAGGCGAGUGUAUGUAUGUAUGUGUGUGUCUGUGUGUGUGUGUGUCUGUGUACCUGUGUGUUUGUGCUGUGCCUUAUUUGUUAAUUAGUUGGGAAAAGUUACCGCACACACACACAUUUAGCGCUAGAAACUAAAGAGAUAAUGGAGUGACAUUCAGCGGGUCUGACCAAGGAGGUUGAGCUAGGGAGCGACACUUUAAAAAGGGCCCCGUCAGCUGCACAUAGUGGGCUGCACAAAUGAUAAACUUACAAGGAGUCGGUGACACCACCGAGGCAUGAGGCACAAAGCGGCUCGUGCCUCACAGGUGCCACAUGAGUUCAUCAUGAACUGAAUAUUGCUCUGAAAAUGUCUGUCCCCGCUGUGUGUAGGUGACGGGUCCACAAUUACUGAAGGAAGGGGAGGGGGUACAAACACAGUCAUGAUCUGCAGGUUGCUAACACCCACCCCCUGCAUGACAUCACUGCCAUCACCAUUACCCUUUCCUGAGACCUCAUCCUGUGCUCCAGAACCUCCCAACCUCUGACAUCCUUGCCCAGCCUAUGAUGUCAUAAGCCUGUGCCACGUCUGGUGAUGUCCUGCCAAUGCCUUGUCUUACCUACAUAUAGAAACAUACAUCUAUACAUAUGGAAUAUAUUUAUCUGGACGCACUAUAUAUAUAUAUAGAUCUAUAUAAAUAUAUAAAUAUAUUGUCUCUGGGGCUCCACUAUUUCUAUGCAAGAAGAUUUAUGGUAAAUGUAACCCUGCCAGUUGCCAGCUGGCCGCUCUGGUUCCCUGCCGGUACUGCAGAGGUUAACUUGUGAACUAUUGUAAUUUUUUUUCCUUCAUUUGUUUACUUUUGUGUAUUUUUUUAAUCAAUAAAGCUGUGCCCCUCUACCCUU